UGAUGUUAUAGAAACUGAAGACCAUUGUAAGAGUCGAUGGAGAUCUAUAAGGAUUCUGUAUGUUACUAUGUUUCUCAGCAGUGUAGGGUUUUCCAUUGUGAUAAUGUCAAUAUGGCCAUAUCUCCAAAAGAUUGAUCAGACAGCUGAUACAAGUUUUCUGGGCUGGGUUAUUGCUUCGUUUAGUAUUGGCCAAAUGGUAGCUUCACCUAUAUUUGGUUUAUGGUCUAAUUAUAGGCCAAGAAAAGAACCUCUUAUUGUUUCCCUCUUCAUCUCAGUCACAGCCAACUGCCUUUAUGCCUAUGUCCAUGCCCCAGCUUCUCAUAAUAAAUACUACAUGUUGGCUGCCCGUGGAUUGGUGGGAUUUGGAUCAGGAAAUGUGGCAGUUGUUAGAUCAUAUAUUUCUGGUGCUACUUCUCUUCAGGAAAGAACCAGUGCCAUGGCAAACACAAGUAUAUGUCAAGCAUUAGGUUUUAUUCUUGGCCCAGUUUUUCAGACUUUUUUUGCACUUAUUGGUGAAAAAGGUGUGACCUGGGAAGCUAUUAAUCUGCAGAUAAACAUGUACACAGCACCCGUUUUACUUGGCGCCUUCUUGGGAGUUUUAAAUAUUAUUCUGAUCUUUGCUAUAUUAAGAGAACAUCGUGUGGAUGACUCAGGACGACAGUGUAAAAACAUUAAUUAUGAAGAAGGAAGUGCCAAUGACAUUGAGAUCCCCCAAGGACAUAUUGACCAAGUUGCUGUCGUGGCCACUAAUGUUCUAUUUUUUGUGAUUCUGUUUAUCUUUGCCCUUUUUGAGACCAUUAUUACCCCAUUAACAAUGGAUAUGUAUGCCUGGACUAGAAAACAAGCUGUUUUGUAUGAUGGAAUAAUACUUGCAGCUCUUGGAAUUGAGGCAAUUCUUCUUUUCAUGGGAAUUAAAUCACUUUCCAAAAAGAUUGGCGAGCGUGCCAUUCUUCUGGGAGGACUCAUCAUUGUAUGGGUUGGCUUCUUUAUCUUGUUACCCUGGGGAAAUAAUUUCCCCAAAAUACAAUGGGAAGACUUACAUAAUAAUUCAAUCCCUAAUACCACAUUUGGGGAAGUGAUAUUUACUUUCUGGAAGUCUUUAAGAGAAGAUCACAAAGAAGAACCAACGGGUUGCCCAGUUGAACAAACCUGGUGCCUGUACACCCCUGUAAUCCAUCUGGCUCAGUUUCUCACAUCAGCCAUGUUAAUUGGAAUAGGUUAUCCAGCCUGCAAUGUGAUGUCCUAUACAUUAUAUUCAAAAAUUGUGGGACCAAAACCUCAGGGUGUGUACAUGGGCUGGUUAACAGCAUCUGGAAGUGGAGCUCGGAUUCUUGGACCUGUGUUCAUCAGCCAUGUGUAUACUUACUGGGGACCACGAUGGGCAUUCAGUCUUAUUUGUGGAAUAUUAAUACUCACCAUCACACUCCUGGGGGUGGUUUACAAAAGACUCAUUGCAUUUUCUGUGAGAUAUGGGAGGAGUGAAGAGUCAUCAAGAUAA